AUUUCACUUACCUCAGUGAUUACGUCAGAGCAAACUGACCACUACUAGUUUAAAAGCAUAAACUUGCUUAUCUCUUUUUGUUCACAAUGCAUCUACUGUAAUGCAUGUCUCUGAAAAUAACAGCAGAGUUACCAAGAUAUUUCUCCUACAUAUAAAAACAAUAGCGAUUCUAGCUUGUCUACCGUGACAUCGAUAUCUGAGCCUCUAUCCUCACAAGAUUUACAUACUGCCGAAAACGUCUAUUACGACGAAUAUAGCCUGCCCUAUCAAGAAGGCAACUCUGUUCUGCGACUAAACGCAAGUGCAUCCAAUAUGGCUGAAAUAGUAACUCAGUUUACGAGCGACUUCUGGGUCACACUUUUGGCUGGUUUCCUGAUUCUUCUGUUUUACCGAUACUGUGUUGCACCAUUCACCUUCUUCAGGAGGCUUGGAAUCAGAGGACCAACACCGCUUCCACUUUUAGGAAAUUCAGGAAGAAUCCUUUUGGAUCAAAACAUCGCUCCGAAGCUUCAUCGAGAGUGGUGCAGCAUGUAUGGCAGGGUGUUUGGGAUGUACUUUUUUCGUCAGCCUUUUCUAAUGAUGGCUGAUCCGGAAAUGAUCAGAGAUGUCUUGGUUAAGGAGUUUCCUAAAUUUCACGAUAGAAAGAACUCCUUAAAAUUCCGCAAACCUUACGACAAAAUGAUGGCAAUAGUAGGUGGUAAGAAGUGGAAGGAUAUUCGUAGUACCCUGUCACCGACAUUCAGUGCCGCUAAAAUGAAACAGAUGAUGGCUCUAAUGAAUGAAGCAGUGGGAACGCUAAUGCAAAAAGGGGACAAAAUUUCAAGAACUGGAGAGAUUGUCGACAUCUACAGCUGGUUUCAGAGUCUUACCAUGGAAAUAAUUCUGUCGACAGCAUUUGGAGUCAAAGCAGAAACACAGACUGUUGAAAAUGAUCCAAUCACUGAAAUGGCGAGGAAGGCAACGACACCACAUCCCCUCAUUGGAGUUUUGUUGCUGUUGCCCUUUGGAGACUGGUUAUCCAAGUUCGUUCCAGACCCAUUUGAUUUUGAGAAGGUGUGGUCUCUGGCUGAAACCAUUCUUGCUGAAAGGACGAAAGCAAACGGAACAAGCAAACCACACCGAGAAGACAUGUUGCAACUUAUGCUGGAUGCGAAAAAUGAAACAGGGGGAGAAAAGAUUGACUAUGAAGACAUCCUUGCCCAGACUCUGGUUUUCCUUAUCGCUGGUUAUGAAACUACAAGUGCUACUCUAGGCUUCGUUUGUUAUCAUCUUGCUGUUGACACGCACGUGCAAGACAAAUUGAGGAAUGAAAUUGAUCGUCUUUGGCCCACAGAUGAGGCCUCACCGUCUUAUGAUGUCCUUCGUGGGAUGGAAUAUUUGGACAUGGUUAUCAAUGAAACACUAAGGAUGUACCCCCCGGGCUUCAUAACGCAAAGGGAUUGCAAUGAAACCUGCACCAUCAAAGGGAUUACAAUUCCAAAAGGAUUGCCCGUUAUGAUACCAAUUUACGCCAUUCAUCACGACCCAGAGUUUUGGCCGGAGCCAGAGAGGUUUGAUCCGGAGAGGUUUACAGAAGCAGAGAAAGCAAAACGCUCUCCAUAUGCCUUUCUUCCGUUUGGACAUGGUCCCCGUAAUUGCAUUGGCAUGCGCUUUGCUUUGCUGGAAAUUAAGCUGACCUUGGUGAGGUUACUGAAGAAGUACAAACUAGAGCGCACCGAGAAAACAGCGCUUGAUCGCAUGUUCCAACAUGCCAGGGCAUUCGGGGCUAUGCGAGAUAUUUGCAUGCAACAGCUCAGUCGCUGCCCUGCGUUGAUGUUAUGCAAUACAAUUAAUAAGGAAAAGCGAAGAUUCUCCAUUUCGUCAUUUCCCUCCGAAUUUUGUCGGAACGUGAUCCACUCUUAUCCCAAAACAAGAAGAGAUGACCGACCUUCUACAAACAAUAGUUCAGUUUACAAGCGACCACUGGGUUACAUUAUUAAUGGGAUGUCUCAUUCUCCUGUCUUAUCGCCAAGCAUUAUCCCGCAAUGUCAGAUAGCAUGGUGUAAAAGAUAUGGGAAGGUCUUUGGAAUUUAUAUAUUUCGUCAACCUUUUCUGGUGGUGGCCGAUCCAGAUAUCGUAAAAGACAUCCUCGUGAAAGAAUUCUCAAAAUUUCAUGAUCGAAAGAAAUUGGUAAACUUUCGGAAACCUUAUGACAGAAUGUUACAAGUUGCCAGUGGUCAGAAGUGGAAGGAUAUACGAUCCACAUUGUCCCCGACCUUCAGUGCAGCUAAAAUGAAGCAGAUGAUUCCCUUUAUGAACGAAGCGGUGAACACCUUCAUGCAAAAAGUGGACAGAAUUUCCAAGACAGGAGAAAUCGUUGAUUUGCAUAGGUGGUUUCAAAGCCUCACCAUGGAAAUAAUAUUUUCGACAGCAUUCGGACUCAAAGUCGAGACACAAACUGUUGAAAAUGAUCCAGUCACCGAGCUAGCAAAGAAAGCCAUGGCUCCACACCCUUUGCUCGGAUUAGUGUUCCUCUUGCCAUUUGGAGAAUACAUAAUAAAUAACCUACCGGAUCCUUUUGAUUGUGAGAAGAUUUUGUCUUUAUCAGCCGAUAUCAUCGCUCAAAGGACAGGUGCAAAGAGCGAGAAAAGCGCAUCUCGAAAAGACCUUCUCCAAUUGAUGCUGGAUGCAAAAGGUGAAACUGGAGGAGGAAAAAUUGAUUAUGUUGAUAUAGAAGCACAGUGUCUCACUUUCCUUCUCGCUGGUUCCGACACUUCCAGCACUACUCUUGGGUUUGUUUGCUAUGAACUCGCCCUUCACCCAAAUGUGCAAGACAAGCUGAGAGACGAAAUCGACUUUGUGUGGCCUGGAGACGAGGAGUCACCAUCGUAUGACAACCUCCACAAAAUGCAAUACCUUGAGAUGGUUAUUAACGAGACAAUUAGAAUGCAUCCUCCAGGAUUCGCACUUCACAGAGACUGCAACGAGGCUUGCACUACGAAAGGAUUAGUUAUUCCUAAAGGAUUGCCUGUUAUGAUUCCAUGUUAUGCAAUCCACCAUGAUCCUGAUAUAUGGCCGGAACCUGAAACGUUCAACCCAGAAAGGUUCACAGAAGCGGAGAAAGCAAAGCGUCACCCCUAUGCAUUUCUACCGUUUGGGUUUGGUCCUCACAACUGCGUUGGAAUGCGAUUUGCUUUGCUGGAAAUAAAACUGACCCUUGUUAGAUUACUGAAGAGGUACAGGCUAGAGCGCACCGAGAAAACAGCUGUUCCAAUAAAUUUUGAAGUCAUGUUUACUCUGAUCUGCGCCCCGGAUACAAUCAUGCUGAAGGUUUCACCGAGGGAUUAAACACGAUUAUAUAAUUGUCUUCUGAUUUGUAAAACGGUGAAAACCUUGUCUGGCUUUUAGAGAAGACUCAUCUACUUAUUUAACAACCACUCUAAAGUAUCAGGAGAAGCUACUAGUUAGUGAACUUCAUAGAUGACAUUAAUUACAAAUACGCAAGCACAGGUGGAUUGAAUCUAUUGUAUAGCCCCACGGAAAACAAUUCUACAAACAGAAUGUACUCAGAUCCCAAAUAAAUCUAUGUGAACUCUACUUUACGUUUUAUUAAAUACUAAAAUAGCUAUUCGAUAAAAAAAUUUUGUUAAGGCUGAUCCCUUCCGAUAAAAACCUUAUUAAAAAUACCCACAGCUUGAAGGUCUAUUCAGUUGACUACAGGUGAUCACGUAGAGUGUAUACCGUUAUACGAGGUGUACUCUAGUUGCAAUCGCUUACCUUCAUCGAUUAACUCUUACAUUAAAGAAAUCUCUUAUAAUCCUCCUCUGCAAUUGAGUCUGUUAGCUUUAACUAUCAGUCAUUUUUUAUUUGAGAGAUAAUUAGCUUGUGUUAUAUCCCAAGUGGAAAGUCUUAGACCAUGUUAGAAAGAGUUUGAUUGAUGUCAUCGAUAAUUCAGUGAUAACACUAAGCAAUAAAGCUGUCGAAGCUAACAGAGUGCGGUAGCAUUCUGAUAUGACAACAUUCUGAUAUGAUAUAUAAAUAAAUCUGUUCUUACAUCAUACGAAUACCACAAACGGCGGGAAAGAAAACAAUAACUAGAAUAUUUUUAAAGUUUCAAUGAUUACGUACCUACGCUCAUAAUUUUCCUGUUAAUACUAGGCAUAGUGUUUUUGAUAUAAGUUUAUGCAUUAUUAUUUUUGGAGGGUAUGUCUUAGCAUGGGAAUUUGGUUCCCCCUACUACCAUCCCGUUAACCAUUUUUGCAUUUUUGUUUGUUUAUAUAAGUAUUACUUUUUUUAUUUUAUUUUAUUAAUAUUUUAUUUUAGUAUUUAGUUCAUUUGUAUCAGUUAUGUAUGGUUACGAACUGUGAUUAAACAUUAAACAUUUUUAACAAGUCA